UUGUUAGUGUUUCCCAUUACACAUCACGCUGUGUCUCUUCUUCCCGCCGUUUCAGUAACGAAGUGGGAGAGAGCGAGCACGCGUUUUAUUUCAUCACUCAUAAAAACCACCGUCUCUUCUUGAUUGUCACACAAAAACCGUGCUUCCAAUUCCAAACCCUAAAUCCCUCUUUCUCUCUCCGUUCAUCGGCAAUGGAGCUUCGUUCCCGUCGGCGACUCUCCACCACCGCGGCGGUUUCCGCAGAGAAGGAGAAGCAGCAGGAGGAUGAGAAGCAGCCUGAGGAAGUUGAAACUAAUGGCCAGUGCAGUACUGGUGCUGCUGAUGACGAUGACGAAGUUUUUGAUGUACCUUCCGAUCCUGAAGAUGAAGACUUUGAGGGGAUGCUUUUAGUCUUGAAGGAUCAAACUUCAAGCAUUAGUGGUUCUGAUGGAGAAGAUAAUGCUUCUGAUUCAUUUGAUGGUAGCAAGUCUUUAUCUAAAAGAGGGAAGGCGCAGUCCAGAAGAAAAAGGCGAAAAGUUAACUUGGAAAUUGGAGAACCGAGUGGUGUAGAGAGCAUGGUGGAGCUUGAGGAUGAUGAACAUUCAAUGGUUUUCCAUCAAGAAGUCCCCGUCAAUUUGAUUAAUGUGAAAAAUAAGAAAAAGGCAAGAAAAUCAAGAAAGGAAGAUGCUGGGAAACUGUUGUUAUGGCAUGCUUGGGAAGACGAGCAAGAGAGAUGGAUUACUGAGAAUUUGUCAGAAGAUGUUGAUUUAGAUCAGCACAGUGAACUGAUGAAUGAAAGUGCUGAGGCACCGUCUGAUCUUACUAUGCCUUUGCUACGGUAUCAAAGGGAAUGGUUAGCAUGGGCUUUGAAACAAGAAAGUUCUGCGACUAGAGGAGGAAUCCUUGCUGACGAAAUGGGAAUGGGGAAGACUAUUCAAGCAAUUGCCCUUGUCCUUGCCAAACGUGAGUUCUAUCCGAUAGGUUGUGAACCAGAUGAACCCUCAGCUUCACCAGGGUCAUCUAGAGUCUUGCCUUUAAUUAAAGCAACACUUGUCAUUUGUCCUGUGGUUGCUGUCACUCAGUGGGUUAAUGAGAUUAACCGAUUUACUUUGAAAGGAAGCACCAAGGUGCUGGUUUAUCAUGGGGCAAAGCGAGGGAAGAGUGGUGAACAUUUUGGGGAGUAUGAUUUUGUAAUAACUACAUACUCUAUUGUUGAGUCUGAGUACAGAAAGCAUAUGAUGCCUCCUAAGAAGAAGUGCCCAUAUUGUGGAAAAUUAUUUUACCAUAACAAGUUAUCUUUUCACCAGACGUAUUUUUGUGGGCCUACCGCUAUUAAAACAGAAAAACAAUCAAAGCAAAGUAGGAAAAAGGAACUAGAUGCCUUUACAAAGAAGCUCAAAGAACCAAGGAUCACAAAUGAAGACUCAGAUGCAGUAGGCCAGGAGAAGUCAUUUCUACAUGCUGUAAAGUGGUCGAGGAUCAUAUUGGAUGAGGCACACUAUAUAAAAUCUAGACAUUGUAACACUGCAAAGGCAGUUCUUGCUUUAGAGUCUUCCUACAGAUGGGCAUUAAGUGGCACACCACUUCAGAACCGUGUCGGAGAGCUAUAUUCUCUGGUACGGUUUCUGCAAAUUGUUCCUUAUUCUUAUUAUUUGUGCAAGGAUUGUGAUUGCAGGACACUUGACCAUAGCUCCUCUAAACAAUGUUCAAACUGCUCGCACAGUUCUGUUAGACAUUUCUGUUGGUGGAAUAAAUAUAUUGCCACACCAAUUCAAUCAUAUGGAUGUGGUGAUUCUGGAAAAAGAGCUAUGAUAUUGCUUAAGAACAAGAUUUUGAAGAGCAUAGUUUUAAGACGAACUAAACUAGGCAGGGCUGCUGAUCUUGCACUUCCGCCUAGAAUUGUUUCAUUGAGGAGGGAUAGCCUGGAUAUAAAGGAGCAAGACUAUUAUGAAUCAUUAUACAAUGAGAGUCAGGCACAGUUCAAUACAUAUAUUCAAGCAAAUACUCUGAUGAAUAAUUAUGCUCAUAUAUUUGACCUCCUCACACGGCUACGUCAGGCUGUUGAUCAUCCAUAUCUUGUGGUAUAUUCUCCAUCUGCAGCAUCAAAAGUUGGGAACUUGGCUAGCAAUGGUAAUGGUAAUGUUGAACAGGCAUGUGGCCUUUGUCAUGAUGCAGUUGAAGAUCCUGUGGUUACCUCGUGUGAGCAUACUUUUUGCAAGGGUUGCUUGAUAGACUUCUCUUCUUCCUUGGAACAAAUAUCAUGCCCCUCGUGCUCUAAAUUACUUACAGUUGAUUUAAAAUCCAACAAGGAUUUGGUGGUGAAUACUAAAACCACAAUUAAGGGUUUCAGAUCCUCAAGCAUUUUGAACAGAAUUCAGCUCGAGAACUUCCAGACAAGUACUAAAAUAGAGGCGUUGAGAGAAGAAAUUAGAUUUAUGGUUGAAAGUGAUGGUUCUGCAAAAGGAAUUGUUUUUAGCCAGUUCACGUCAUUCUUGGAUCUCAUAAACUACUCCCUGAACAAGUCAGGUGUAAAUUGCGUUCAAUUGAAUGGAAGCAUGACAUUGGCUGCUCGUGAUGCUGCCAUUAAAAGAUUUACUGAUGAUCCAGACUGCAGAAUUUUUCUCAUGAGCUUGAAGGCAGGCGGUAUUGCUCUCAAUUUGACUGUAGCAUCACAUGUCUUCCUUAUGGACCCUUGGUGGAACCCUGCGGUGGAACGUCAAGCUCAAGAUAGAAUUCACCGGAUAGGGCAAUACAAACCAAUCAGAAUUGUAAGAUUUGUCAUUGAAAACACUAUCGAGGAGAGGAUCUUGAAACUUCAAGAGAAGAAGGAACUAGUGUUUGAAGGGACUGUUGGUGGCUCUUCUGAGGCUCUGGGGAAAUUGACGGAGGCCGACUUGAGAUUUCUCUUUGUCACCUAAGCUGGCCUGAUAUUUUGAUGAACCAUUUUUUGAUGAUAUGUUGUACCAUGUAACUGUCAUGUAGCUUUCAAACAUCUAUGCAUCAUUAGCCGUAAAUAGGUAUUUUGACUACAUAGCCCACUGGAACAGUGGGGUAUGUAGACGUAAACCUGCUCUGAAGCUUUUGAAUGCGGACUAGCGGGAUUUUGAUGCUCCAGGAUUUUCUAUUUCAAUCUGCUCGUCGUUUUGGGUGUCAAAUGUAAUUUUUGAGGGAUUUGUUAUAGAUCAUGUCAUAUAUUUAAACUAUUAAGAUGCCCUAUACUUGUUAGACAUUGAAUUUUCA